CAGCAGAGAUGUCAGCAACACACACUCUGAAGAUGACAGCAUCUGUUCAAUACAUAAGAAAACUGCUGGGGAAAAGCAGCUGCGCGACAAACAACCUGUUUAACACUGGACACAAAACACAGAAGAACACUAGUGAUUAUAAACAACCAACCAAGAGCAAAGAUGAAAAAAGUCAUAAAAGAAACGUUCUGCAAUCCCAAGACAAGACAAUGGAGCAGUGCAUACGGAAAACUGUUGUUUUAAGAAGAAAAGAAAACGAAACUUUUGGGUUUGACAUCCAGACAGGCAGUGUUGAGAGAAGCAUCAGUGCUGAGCAGGAUUUGGGCUCAUGUGUGUGUUGGGUGAAGGAGAACAGUCUCGCAGAGAGUAGUGGGUUAAUGACAGGUGAUGUUAUUAUCACAGUCAACAGUGUGUACAUUGCUGGAUUCACUCAGCAGCAGAUCAAGGAUCUGGUUCAGAAGUCCUCCUUCUUAAUGAUGGAGAUUAUCAGAGGUGCUACAGAAAAGCAGAGACAAUUGCUUGGCAAGCUUCAUCUUCUGCAGCGACAGUUUACAGAGAAACGCGAAGAGCUUCAGACACUCAUCACAGAGGAAGUGCGUCUAAUUGGAGGUGCCAUGGGAAACAUCCAGAAGCCAAAUGCCCUUACAGAAUCUUCUGCUAGCCUUUGCUGACAGUAUGGAUAGUUUUGUUCCACUUACAAUAUAAUCAAA